AUGACUGAUGCACAAAUAAUUGAGACAGAACCACAUGAGAUGACUGAUACACAAAUAUCCGAAAUUGAAAGAUGGUUGGGAUUGUCACGCCAGGAAAUGGCUGUAUCUUAUAUCAGUUUGGGAAACGAUUAUGAGCAUGUGAGUCAUGAAAGUACUGCUGAAUGCAUUCCUUAUCAAGUCUCAAGUGGCUCACAUGUAGGCAGUGAUGGCCCGCAUGAAGGCCCAAGCUCCAGUGGAGGGAAUGCAGUGGCACAAAUUACUGAGAUGAACUAUAGUAAAUGGUUGGAACUUUUUACAGGCAUGGGGCAGAAAAUUGCACAUGCUGGUUUGUUUAGGGAGUAUUUGUACAAGUUUAGCAUCGCACAUAACUUUAAGCUUAAAUUUUUGAGGAACAGCAAAGAGAGAAUGUCUGUCAUUUGCAAAGUGGAAGGUUGUCCAUGGAAAAUAUGUGCAAGUGCAUUGGGGAAGAAUGUUCCAUAUCUUCGUGUCACCACAUUCAUUAAUGAGCAUGUCCAUAGUGCCCAAGAUAAUUUGCAAGUUAGACAGUGUGCAAGAUCUAAUAUGACAUCCUGUAUAAUUAUCGAUGAGGUGAGGAACCAUGUUGACAAGCGGGCAAGUGAAAUAAGGACAAAAUUGCAAACAGAAUAUGGUCUGAAUGUUACAUAUAAACAGGCAUAUAGGGCAAAGGAGAAGGCAAUAGAAGACAUACAUGGUAGACCUGAACAUUCAUAUAUGUUAAUACCAUGGAUAUGCCAAAGGCUGAAGGAAACCGAUGAGAAAACAGUAGCUGAAUGGGUAGCUGGUCCUAACUACAGAUUUGAGCGUGUGUUCAUCGCAUACGGGUGUUGUAUAGAGGGUUUCUUGGCUGGUGCUAGACCCGUUCUUUGGCUCAAAGCCAUUAACUAUUGUUCAGACCGUCAUAAUGCCAUAAUAGGAGCUGUACAAUCAGUGUUCGGUUCUGACAGGCAUGCUUAUUGUUAUAGGCACGUUAAGGAAAACUUUAGUGCAGAGUGGCUGAAAUUGAACAGAGGUAAAAGGAGCAGAACACGCUCUAAAGAGGAUGCAUUAAUGCUUCUUAAUAAAAUUGCAUGGGCUAGGGUUGACGAUGAAUUUGACAAGGCAAUGGCAGAAAUGAGGGAGUUCUCUCCAGAGUUAUUUGACUGGCUUAACAAUCAUGGGGAUGUAGAUAAGUGGGCUGUGAGCAAGUUCCCAUAUAAACGAUGGGAUAAUAUAACCACCAAUAUUGCUGAAUCAUUCAAUGCUUGGAUGGUCAAGGAAAGAAAGCACAAUGUAGCCCAAAUGAUUCAUGAGCAUCGUGAGAAAGUUGCGAAAAAGAUGCAAGCAUCAAGUGUGGCAAUGACAAAAUGGAAGAGUUGUAUAGGGCCAAAGAUAGAGACCAAAGUAAAGGAAAAUGUGGAGGUUAGUAAGCAGUUCAUUACAACAGAUUAUGGUAGGGGAAAUGUCAAUGUCCAAACCUCACGUGGACACCACCGAGUGAGUCUCAGCUUGCACCAUUGUAGUUGUGCAGAGUGGCAGAUGACGGGGAUUCCAUGUAGGCAUGCUUGUGCAGCGGUGAAAACUGUCCAUGGUGAUAUUUAUGAUUACAUUGAGGGAUG